AAUUGAUCAUAUAGUUUGCAAAAUGUUGGGUUUGUGCAUUGUAGCAUUAGUUGCUGUAGGCAUUACACACUGGGUGUAUAGGUGGAGAAAUCCCAGAUGCAAUGGCAAACUUCCACCUGGUUCAAUGGGUUUGCCGCUGAUAGGCGAGACCAUACAGUACCUUGCUUCCAACUCCUCCUUUGAUAUUCCCCCUUUCAUCAAGACCAGAAGGGAAAGGUAUGGGCCAAUAUUCAAGAGUCAACUGAUGGGAGCACCAUUUAUAGUAUCGACAGACCCGGAACUCAAUAUGUAUGUCUUCCAACAAGACGAUAAAUUGUUCCAAAGCGGGUAUCCAGAUUCUGUCCAAAAGAUUUUCGGCAAACAACAGAUGGGAAACAUGCAUGUGUUGGUUUACAAAUACCUCAAGAGGAUGAUGCUUACCCUCAUUGGCCCCGAAAGCCUGAAAAGGACGCUCCCUGAAAUUGAACAAGCAAUGCACACGAGUAUGCAACAAUGGACAUGUCAAGACACUACAGAAGUUAAAGGAGCAGCUGCAGACAUGAUAUUCUCUCUCACUGCAAAGAAACUCAUGAGUUAUGAUUCAAGUAACUCCUCAGACAACCUAAGGGCAAACUUCAAUGCGUUCGCUGAUGGACUGAUCUCCUUCCCUUUGGCAAUCCCUGGAACAGCUUUUCACAAAUGUUUACAGGGUAGGGACAGGAUAUUGAGCAGGUUAAAAGAGAUGCUACAGGAAAGACGAGCAACAUCUCGAAAGCAACCUAUUGAUUUUUUUGAUUACAUCCUUGAAGAACUUGAGAAAGAAGGAACAGUCUUAACAGAGGAAAUUUGUUUUGAUUUGAUGUUUGCGCUACUCUUUACAAGUUUUGAAACAACUUCCACAGCAAUGACUCUGCUCCUCAAGUUUGUUUCAAGCCGUCCUCUGGUGCUAAAGCAAUUAACGGAAGAACAUGAGAGGAUUAUAAAGCAAAGGGAAAAUGCUAAUUCAGGACUUACAUGGGAAGAAUACAAAUCAAUGAAAUUUACAAUGCAGGUCAUCAAUGAAACGGUUAGACUGGCAAAUCAAGUGCCAGGCAUCUUUCGCAAGGCAAUAAAAGAAGUACAGUUCAAGGGAUAUACAAUCCCAGAAGGUUGGUCAGUUCUGGUUUGUUUCCAAGCCCAACACUUAAACCCAGAAAAAUAUGAAGAUCCUCUGGCCUUCAACCCAUGGAGAUGGGAGGGUAAGGAGAGUGGUGCAUCCAAAGAUUUUAUGGCUUUUGGUGGUGGCUUGAGAUCCUGUGUAGGAGCAGAAUUUGGUAAGCUGCAGAUGGCUGUAUUUGUCCAUUGCUUAGUCACAAAAUACAGGUGGGAAAUGAUUGGAGGAAAUAUAGUCCGAAAUCCUGGUAUACAAUUUCCAGGUGGUUUUCACAUCCGGAUACACCAGAAAGAUACAAGGAGCAGCAAACAGCAUAUAACUCCAGACACUUAAACUGGACAUGUUAACAUGGCUAACACCAUUGCACAGCCACCACCUCCUGUUCAGUGAGAGCUGCUGCCUCUGGAGCACAGUACUCCUUUACAUGUUAUAUUGUUGAAUUAGUAAGGUUCAAAGGUCAGACUAGUAUGUUGGAAAAUGUA